AUGCUUCCCCGAGGUCUGGAAGAGAGCUUAUCUUGCCGAAAAAAGGAAACAAACUCCAAGAUGAUCUAUCAGCGUACCGCCCAACUAGAUUGCCCGAGUAAAUUAUUUGAGAAGAUUUUGAAUAGCAGGGUAAGAACAUUCCUGGAAAAUUCGAAUGAGGGCGGCUCCUUGGACCAAAAUAUUAGAAGCAACCAGAGAAAAAUGCAUCCCGCAGUACUUGUGCCAGUUAAUAGACAGCUACCUAAUGGACUAAUGGACUGUUGAAUAUCAGGUUAACAAUAAACCAAUUGUAAGAGAGCAGAUCUCUUGUGAAGCAUCACAGGGUUCGGUCAUUGACCCAACUCUGUGGAACAUCCUGUAUGAUCGCUUGCUGAUGCUCCGGUUGCCCGCGGGAAUGAAAUUUCUAGCAUUUGCUAAUGACGUCGUAAUAAUCGCAACCGCCGAGGACGUUAUUCGAUUACAAACACUCUUGGAAAUAGCAGCCUCCAGAGGCUUGUAG